CGCUAUGCAGACGACUUUCACGCCCGCAGCUCAGACGAACUGAGCCUCAAGAAGGGGGAUCGAGUCGAGUUACUAGAACGAGACGAUGAAUUUGGCGACGGCUGGUUCCUCGGCCGCCACUUCGCCAACAGCAACACUGGUCUUUUUCCCGAAGUUUAUACCCGACCAACCCCAAGAGCCGUUUCGAACCCAACAUCAACUCCUGCUUUCAUUGCUUCGCAGCCACUUUCUCCAUUGGUGGAAGUCACACAAGAAACCGCUCUCCAGGGCAUUGCGAAUGCUCCUGCAUCGGCCAGCACGUCUACUGUACCUUUAGCGUCGACCGAAACACCCUCUAUCCUGUCGACCCCUUUGCCCAAAGCUGAAUCAGCCCCUGCGUCUGGCUUGGGUGGCAUAGGCUCCCCAGUAUCCGCGCCGGGCAGAGGAGCCGCACUUUCGGGGCAAGAUGAAGUUCUCAGCGAAACUCUCAACGUCAUCGACGAGCACAUCACUCGCUUGCAGUCGCCGCCUGGCACCGGUACUAUCAAUGCUGCUGCUACAGACUCUGGAAGCGAGUAUAGUGUUGCUAUUGACCACCGAAUGUCGUAUAUCCAGGGUGAAGAGACGGACGAAGAAGAGGAAGCUGUACAUAGUCGUGCCGAAGUUGUGGCUUGGUCACCGGAUGACGUGGCCGAGUACCUCUUCACUGAGGGUGUUGAGAAGCACCACUGCGAAGUUUUCAGGGACCAAGAAAUUUCUGGAGAAGUGCUACUGGGCAUGGAUCAGAGCUCCCUGUUCAUCAAGGAUUUUGAUUUAGGCUCCGUGGGCCGGCGCCUCAAGACAUGGCAGAAGAUUAAGAAUCUCCAGGAUGAGGUUAGCGGCGAGGAACCAGAUGCAAGGCGAGCCACACAUACCCGCGGUAGCGAUGGCGGAUCCGAGGACGCGACGAAACGAACGAGAAGUCGAACCAGCACCCUGACAGGGAACUCUGCAUCACGACCCACCUCUGUCCAGGCUAGACGCCUGUCCCUGGCUCAGUCAUCUAACAAGGCUUCUCCAACUGCUCAUAUAACCCCAACAAACGGCACUCAGGAGAGCCCAUCACGCACGCACUUCAAACGGCCGUCGGCGGCAUCCAUCCGAGACCUGAACCAGUCACGACGACAUUCGGCAUCGACAAACGCGAACCUAUCUGCUGGUGAUGGCGUGCAUAAGAAACAACCUUCCUUUGAUCGAAACUGGACCCUUGGCGGCGCUGUCUCGCAGACCUCUCAAAGGCCGCUUUCCUCAACGGGACUGCAAGAAAUGCUGGGCACAUCUGAGCCGGAUCUCCAGGACUCAGCCGUUGAGCUAGACCGAGGCUACUUUUCUGGCACUGAGGUAUUUGGAAAGAAGCGCAAUGUUUUGCGGAAACGUGGCAGCGCUAACCAUGGGCGACAACAGAGUUACGCAGACGAGCAGAGGGUGCGCAGCGCCACGGCGCUCUCCCGGCACUCAAGAUACGGUAGCGUCGAUUCUUUCCGGGAUGGGGCGCCAAACGCUGCUCAGAAAUACUACGGCAUCUCGCCAACUCCCCACAAACGAACUGCUUCAGCAAACACGACGGAUUCUGCUCGGCCGCCACCUCCAGCUAAAGACAGCCCAGCUCCCGCCGUCACCAAGCUGGAUACCGCCAUGGGUUCAGCUCAAGCAGAAGCAUCGCCAGUCUCCGGCAGGCCCCAAGGCCUCAGCACCGAUUGGCUCACAUCAAUGGCCAAACCAGUCGGCAAAGCUGCUCGACCGGCUAUGCGAGCCAUCUCAGAUAAGCUCACUUUUGAUAGAUCCAAGGGAUCAACUGAUCUAUCAGCCAACGAUCCGUCUUCCAUGCCUUCUCCCGUAAGAACAGGGUCUAGUACCCCCUCAGCUGGACAAAGCCUUGAUCUCGACUCUCAUGAUGCGCUCAAAAGCCCCGUCACAGCGACGGCCCCUUCCAGCAAGACCAGGGGAAAGAAGGGCAAAAAGGACACAAGUGCUUAUACACAAGGCUUGUUAAAGAUACCCCCCCAGGUCGCCAUGAAGGAUGCAGAUUACUACGGCUGGAUGAAAAAGAAGAGCUCAAACCUAAUGACCACAUGGAAGCCCCGAUUCUUUGUUCUCAAGGGACGACGGCUGGCAUAUUACUACUCUGAAGACGACGACCAAGAAAAGGGCCUCAUCGACAUCUCAUUCCACCGCGUUCUUCCUGCCGACAACGAAAGAUUGACUGGAUUGCACGCUACUCUGACCGGUGCAGCCGGUGGGGGGAGCAUGCCAGGUAGCCACAGCAUACCGCCUGCAAGCGACGAUGGAGCCAUGGAGAAGGGCGACGACAGCAUGUUCAUCUUCAAGCUGGUGCCACCUCGAGCGGGCCUAUCCAAGGGCGUCAGCUUUACAAAGCCGACAGUCCACUACUUUGCGGUGCCUAAUCUAAAGCAAGGCCGUUUGUGGAUGGCUGCCUUGAUGAAGUCGACAAUUGAACGAGAUGACACACAAGCAGUCACGACAACGUACCAACAAAAGACAAUAUCCCUGGCCAAAGCGAAGCAAAUGCGCCACCGUCCUCCUGCGCUCAUGAAUGCCGAGGAAUCUGCC